AUGGAUAUAGGAACCGCCGCCGCUGCCCUCUUCGGAGGAGCCACAGUCGCAGGAUAUCUGAAUGCCAAGUUUCAUAUCCAGAAGGAUGUAUCAUCGUUGGUCGCGCUGAAGCAUGCAGAGCGACAGUAUGCCAAUGCUAUUAGUCAAAGCCAAGGAAAUCCAUGGUUCGUCCUACUGCAGACCGCGAAGCAAUACCCUAACAUGAUCUGUCUCUGGACCCGUGAGAGAUCAUAUACCUACCGACAAAUCCGAGACCAAGCCUGUCAAUAUGCCCACUUCUACCUAUCACAGGGCGUGAAGAAAGGCGACCUCGUUGCCCUCUACCUUCAGAACAGCAACGAGUAUAUCGUCGCCUGGAUCGCGCUCUGGAGCAUUGGCUGUGCGCCCGCAGCAAUCAAUUACAACCUUACCGGUGACGCAUUGCUGCACUGCCUGAAGAUCAGCGACGCGAAUAUUCUCCUCGUCGACGACGAUGCCGGAUGUCGUGCCCGCAUCGAGGAAAGCCAAGAAGCAAUCACACGCAAUCUGGGAAUGAAGCCGAUGAUACUAGACAGCUCCCUAAAGGCGCAUAUUACAACCUUCCCAACAGCGCUCCCACCCAAAGAAUUAAGCAAGCAUGUGGCCGGUGAGUUCCCGGCGAUUCUCCUAUACACUUCAGGCACAACGGGCAUGCCUAAGGGCUGUGCGUUCACCAUGUCCAGACUUUAUACCAAUCUCUUCAUCCGCCGAGCCAUGAUGGGAGAUAAGGUCGGUCCGGACGGUGAUCGCUGGUACAGCUGUAUGCCUUUAUACCACGGCACUGCGGCUAUUGCCAUGAUCGCGUGUCUGGUAAUGGGUGUAAGCAUCGCGAUCGCGCCUAAGUUCAGUGUCAGUAGAUUCUGGACAGAUGUCCGCGACUCGGAGUCGACUGUUUUCGUGUAUGUUGGAGAGACUGCGCGGUAUUUGCUCGCGCCGCCUCCAUCACCGCAGGAUCAAAACCAUAAGGUCCGCUGUAUGUACGGUAAUGGUCUCCGACCGGAUAUCUGGGAUCGGUUCCGCGAGCGGUUUGGAGUCGCUGAAGUGGGAGAAUUCUUCAAUAGCACAGAAGGUGUCUUUGGUCUCUUUAACUAUAACCGCGGUCCUUUCACGUCUGGAAGUGUCGGUCACCACGGUUUGAUCAUGCGCGGUAUAUUGCAUAAUGUCUUUGUUCCUGUUGCGAUCGACCCGGAAACUGGAGACAUCCUGCGAGAUUCGAAGACUGGGUUUGCGGUUCGCUCGCCUUAUGACCAGGGAGGCGAAAUUAUCGUCAACGUUCCCGGUGAAGACGCUUUCCAGGGGUACUGGCACAAUGAUGAGGCGACUAAUAAGAAAUUCUUACGCGAUGUCUUCAAGAAGGGAGAUCUCUACUAUCGAUCUGGAGAUGCUCUACGUCGACAGGGCGAUGGCCGUUGGUAUUUCCUCGACCGACUCGGUGAUACCUUCCGCUGGAAGAGUGAGAAUGUAGCAACUGCCGAGGUUUCAGAAGUUCUAGGCCAAUUCCCUGGCAUAACCGAAGCCAACGUGUACGGUGUCCGUCUUCCCAAUCACGAGGGUCGCGCCGGGUGUGCAGCAAUUCAAAUUAGUCAGCAUGCCCGUCAGACAUUUGAUUACGCAGCGCUUGCGAGAUUCAUACGUUCCAAGCUACCAAAAUAUGCUGUGCCGCUAUUCCUCCGCAUCGUCGAGAAUCCCACUCAUAUUCACAACCAUAAACAGAACAAGGUGCCACUUCGUGCCGAGGGUGUGGAUACUGCCUUGAUUGGGACUAAAGCUCCUGAGGGUAAAGAUGACUACUUCUUGUGGAUUGCACCUGGUGAUGAAAGUUAUUCACCCUAUGGACAGGAAGAGUGGGAGAAAUUGUCGACUGGGGCUGUUCGGUUGUGA